AUGCACCUGCACGACACGGGCGCAGCGCUCGACGCGGCGUCGUCGUCGUCGGCCGCGUCGUCGCACGGCUACAACUACGACCCCGCGACGUACCACCAGUACGCCCCCGAGCGCGCGCUGCACGACCCGAGCGGCCACAAGGCCAUGAGCGGCCACGGCGCGUCGGCCGCCGCGUCGGCCUCGAAAGCCGCCACGAGUUCAGCGGCCCCGAACGAGCGGUCCGAGCCCCACAAGCUGCGGCCCAAGCUCGAAGCCACGACGUCCGCGUCGCCCACGAGCGUCGCCAAAGUCCAGAGCUCUCUCUCGUCGGCGGCGGCGGCUUCGCGCGCGCUGUCUGCUGCCUCUGCUGUCCGCAACGAGGCGCUCAAGUCGAACCGGCUCUGCACCAUGCCGGGCUGCACGAAGCGCGUCCGGUCCAAAGGCCUCUGCAAAGCGCACGGCGGCGGCCGGCGCUGUAUGGUGGACGGCUGCGAGCGCAGCAGCCAGGGCCAGGGGCUCUGCAUCCGCCACGGCGGCGGUAAGCGCUGCACGCAGUCGGGCUGCACGAAAGCGUCGCAGUCGAACGGCCUCUGCAAAGCGCACGGCGGCGGCCUGCGGUGCCAAAGCGCCGGCUGUACCAAGAGCAGCCAGGGCGGCGGCUUUUGUCGCGCCCACGGCGGCGGCCAGCGCUGCGAGAAAGAAGGCUGCAACAAGGGCGCGCAGCGCGGCGGCUUUUGCGCCGGCCACGGCGGCAGCCGCUUCUGCCAGCACCCGGACUGCACCAAGAACGACCGCGGCGGCGGCUUUUGCGCCGAACACGGGGGCGGCAAGCGCUGCGACCACGCGGGCUGCAACAAGCCGGCGCGCAAGAAGGGCAAGUGCUCGUACCAUGCGAACGCGACCAAGGGGAAGCUGUCGAAGGACCAGUUGGCGACCGCUGGCGUCGGCAGCAGUGCGUCGCUGCCGCAGCACAUGAUGGACAUGCGGCAGAUCACGACGCCGACGUUCGCGAUGGGGGUCAAGGACCUGCGCGACACGCACGUGACGGCCAGUCAAGUGGACGCCCAGCGCGCGGCGUACGUGCAGCAGCAGCGGCUGGAGAUGGACAUGCGGUACAAGAGCUACGAAGGCGCGAACGCUGGUCAGUACCUGCAGAUCCACGCCGACCAGCGGUCGUACGAGCCCAUCAGUCUCCAGGCAGGCGGCGCGGCGCGUCAUUACAUGGCGGCCGACACCAGCGCGCUGCCUCCCGUGUCUUCUGGCAGCAUGUACAAGCCUUCGAGCGUGAUGGACCGGCAGACGUAUGCGCCCCGGGGCACACAGGAGCAGAUGAAGAACCCGUACUCGCAGCACUGGGCGACGAAACCCGAGCUGCCGCAACACCACCCGGACGCCCGGGUGGACUACUUUGAUGUCAAGGAGCAACAGCAGCAACAGCCCCCGCAGCAAGGGGGCCACCACCACCCGUACUCGACGCAGUCAUCACAGUACCACCACCACCUCAGUGCCGCCGACUCGGCCGCUGCCGCCGCAGCGUAUGGACAGCAGCAGCAGUCGUCGCGUGCGUUCUACAGCCAGCAGCAGCCGUCCGCAGGCGCCCCCAACGACCAGUCGGCACCACCGCCGCAGAACAUGAUGUACUACUCGGCAAACGGAUACCCGCAGCACCAGAUGCACAGCAUGCAGACGCAGCAGCAGAUGCAGAUGUUAUAA